GGUAAAGGAGGUAAACUUGGAUUUUUCUGGGUUUCACCCGAACAGAUUCGAAUCCCUCUGUCUCUGAUUUUCAAUCUUCACUUUCUUUUCUCCAAAUUAGGGUUAGGGUUUUUUCCAAUUUCCCACUAUCAACAAUCCAAGACACUCGAUUGAACUCAGCAGUAACUAAAAUGGAAGAGCAAUCAGUAGUAAACGGCAUCGUUUCAGGUUCAAGCAGUUCCAGAACGACACAGGAGCUUGCAAUGGAAGGCCAGAAGUACCUCGAAGAAACCAUAGAGUACGCUUUUCAGAUCCUAUCUUCCAUGAACGACGAGCUCUGCAACCCCGUUUUGUGGUCCAUUGCUUCUCCGUCUGCAGCUUCCUCAGCUUCCCCGCUUCACCAUAACAACGGUCCUUCUUCUCACUCUUCCAACGGUGGCGCCGGAGAUGCUGCCUCCGAUAACUCCAACCACCAUGCUGAGAGUGGUGCCGUUGGUGGAGGAGCUGGCGCUGGUGGCGCACUCGAAGAGGCAAGGUUUCGCUAUAAGAACGCUAUUGCUUCUCUUCGAAACGUUCUCGAAGCAAUUCCCAAUUCUCAAAAGGCAAAAUCAUUUGACACUGGUUCAACUGAUAGUCCAAUGGAAUUGGAUGAUAUGGAAAUUGAGAAAUUGGAGGAGCGAGCCUCUUCUCUAAGAAAGGAGCUUGCCAACAAGAACAUGCACCUAAAGAUACUCAUUGAUCAACUGCGUGAUCUUCUCUCUGAUAUAUCAACGUGGCAAAGUCCUUAUUCAACCUGAAGAUUAGGAUGAACUCUUAAAUUUGAGGAUAGUAUCAUAAAAUGAAAACCUGAGUUCAGAGUACAGUAAGUGCAGGAUUUCUGGUCUCACGGAUCUGGUGUCAUUCUUUAGCGGAAUUCUUUGUUUUCCUCUAUCCUCAGAAACAAAAAUGCUAUGCGCAUAAAAAAAAAUCAGCCAUUAAAUUUGUCAUCAUAUAUUUUUGUAUAAAUACAUUGUUUUUUAAUUUAUUGUCAAUAUGUAUUUUAUAUUUUAUUAUAAAAUUUAUAUUGUAGUUAAUUUAGUGUCUUUGUUUUUGUGUAAGUAGCAUGAUUGCUUUGAAAAAUAUGCGACCCUUUAACAUUUCUAGGACACUCAAAGGGAUGAUUUUUAUUAUACUGCAGAUAAUACAUUCUCUCUUUACUGUUUCUUC